AUGAGGGCCUGGAAUUUUUUACCCGCGAUACUUUCGCUUUCAUCAGUUGUUUCCGCCAUUGAAGCAAUUAGUGCGCUUUCUAUUCCUCAGAACAAGGAGGCCGGCAAACCGAUCCCUAACUGGACCAGUCAUGGUAGCGUGCAGGUGGAGGCAGGCCGAGUUUUUUUGACUGGUCUGGGCGGUAAAGACCUACAAAACUCAAUCUGGGCUAACCUUGGCAAUAAUCUCGAGAGCUGGACACUAGACGUUGAUUUCACUGCUGGUGGUCUUGUCGAGGCUGGUGGUGGUCUGGCUAUUUGGUACACCACUGAUCAAGGGUUCCCUGGUCCUGCAUACGGUAACAAGGACACUUGGGAUGGUCUGGGUAUUUUCAUUGACAGUGCAAUCAAGGACGAAUCUGGCAAUGAAGAUUCUGGAUCGGUCCAUGGUCAUCUGAAUGACGGUACCACAUCAUUUGUUAACACAAUCAGCAAAGAUCCUAAAUCUCAUGCAUUCUCGUUAUGCCACGUCAAUUAUAGAAAUACAGGAUAUCUCACGCAGGUUAAGAUUUCUUAUGCUCCUGGUCUGUUUAGAAUUUUGGUCAACAACCAGGUUUGUGUCCAAACUGACAAGAUUGUCCUGCCCAAGGGCGGCUACUUUGGCAUCUCCGCAGGUGGCACCGGGAACGUGGACAACUUUUCUCUGUAUAGAGUCGAGACUUUUGUCAAUGUUCAGCCCAGUGUUGAACAAGUUGACAAUGCUAUGAAACUUGAAAAGGAAAAGCAGCAACAGCAACAGAAUGAACAGCAGAAGAAGCAGCAAAAUGAGCAACAAAAGCAACAACAAAAUGAACAAAAGGUUGUUGCUCAGUCUUCCUCUUCUUCUUCAUCUUCUUCAUCUUCCAGUUCUCCAAUAAACAAUGAGGAAAUCACCAAAAUGAUUGAAAAGCUCAAUCUGGUGUGGCACAAUGGCAAGGAAUGGAAGGAGCAUACCGAAGGAGCAGUCAGUGCAAUGACUCAGCAAACGCUAAGUGAGCUCAAGAACCAGCGCAAAGUGUUUGAAGACUCUUUGAAAGAGAUCAACAACAAGUUUGAACAGCGAGUCAACAAACUGGAGAAUGUUAUCAAGGAGCUGAUUGAGCUGCAGCGGAAUACAUUGGAGGGCCGUACAGCUGACACCAAGGCGCACAUUUCGAGCGAAAUCAAUAAGCUCAAUACGCAUGUGGAUGAUAUUACUCGGUCACUCAAGGAGCAUUCGACCAGUCUGGGCAACUUGCCACACUCGCUCCACACUGCUGUGAUUGAGGGCGGCCAGUCCAUCUGGACCAUUCUCCUGGUAGUGUUUGUAGUCCAAGCAGUUGUCGGACUUGGCUAUUAUCUUUACUCUCUCAGACAAAAGGGGUACCAUGCUAAGCUUCUUUAG